AUGCACAAUCUACCCCUUCAUCUUCUCUUCGCUUUUACAGUAGCACAGCCAUCCGCCGCAUGGCUUCUCACGUACUAUGCCACCGAGACAGUCUUACCUCUGUUGGGGGGAGGCUCAACAACCACUCUCACUCCAGUUGUGACAACUGCUCCACUCACUGUCACGCCAAAAUCAACGUCUACUGAUUACUCCACCGACUAUGUGCAAGCAUUCGAACUGAGUAAUAGAAUAAUCAAUGUCACAACGGAAUAUCUUGUCUUACCAAACGUUACCGGCCUCCCUGUUUCCGCAUUUUAUAUCUUCGCACCGCCAAAGGAAACCCAAACCGCGAGUCCGACCAUUAUCACCAAUUAUUAUGUCCCGGUUACCCUCAGCAAUCCUACAUCAUGCACCAAGACAAAGUUCACCUACACUGAUUCGAUUACGGUUGCGCUACCCGAUAGCCUGACCGCGCAGGCAACCGAUUCAAGUCUUGCAACGUACGUCACGACCUAUGUGUCAACAAUCAGUACCAACCUGGGCGGCCAGGCUGUGACCACAUCACGAUGUGAUGUGUAUCUUAACGACAAAGCCGUCCCCUCAGUUACAAUCUUCAGCAAUGCUUAUCUCACCGAAUGUGUUGACCCUCGACGCUCUACCUGCAGUGUAGGAGAGAACCAGAAGGCUACGGGCUCAGGAGGCUGCAACGGUGUAUAUCCGCCAACUAGUACUGGAGCUUCGGAUAGUACGUCUACAUCUACUGCUGAAGCAUCAGCAAAAACGGGUGGCGCUUCAGGUGGGGGGAUAUCGAGAGGCAAAUUAUGUCUAUACAGUUUCCUCGUCAGUGUCUGGGUUGGGCUGAGUUAG